AUGACCCAGCAAGAAAAACCAUUCUUAGGGAUCCUUGAAGACCACAAACUUUCCAAGGAAUACCAAACACAGCACUCUAGUGUAAAGAGUAGUAGGAGUUGCACUGAAAAGACCCAAUCCUUUGUGCCCUUCCACCAAAUAGCAUCAGCUUUGGUUAAAAGUACUGGAUUGCGUUCUGAUGGGCGUAUUGACGACCGAUCCUUUUGGAUCAGUUAUGUUUCCCCCCUCCCUACUCCUUUGGUGAUCCCAAUGGUGUACCCUCGGAUGAUAUCGCUUCAUGACCUCAAUUCAAAGAUGGAUGGAUCUCUCAUUCCUCCUGCUAUUCCACCUUCCAGUGAACAUGUGAAUGAUGACGGGAUAUAUCUUCUUGAGAAUGGCAUGGAUUGCUUAAUUUAUAUUGGUAACUCUGUUGAUCCUGAAAUUAUGCGGCAAUUAUUAGGCAUUUCUUCAUUUGAUGAAAUUCCAACUCAGUUUGUAUUGCAGCAAUAUGACAAUCCGUUGUCAAAGAAGUUAAAUGAUGUCAUAAAUGAGAUCAGGCGACAAAGAUGUUCCUACCUCCGCUUAAAGUUGUGCAAGAAAGGAGAUUCAUCAGGCUUGUUGUUCCUCUCAUAUAUGAUAGAAGACAAGACUCCUAGUGGCCUCUCCUACGUUGAGUUUUUAGUGCAUAUCCACCGGCAGAUUCAAACCAAAAUGUCUUGA